AUGGCGUUUUGGUGUAGAAUCAAUCAAUCUAGGCUUCAGCUCAUAUCAAAUCAAUACAGGAGAUUUUACGUUCAAGCUCCUUGUGCAUCUUCUAUUGAUCCGAUAAGAACAUCUGUUUUAGAGAAACCCGUUAGCAGUAUUUACAGGAGACCAUCUUAUUUUUACGGUAAUGUCAGAUUUUUUGCUGCCCCUGUUCAGGGAAACUAUCAUAAGAACGAAGAGCCGAGCAAGUUUGAGAAGCGUUUGAAUGAGCAAAUCAAAGCUGAUGUUAUUAGAUUGGUGACAGAGGAAGGUCACGAGAUCAUCGCAAUUCAUGAAGCACUGAGACGUGCAAAGGUUCUUGAUCUUGAUUUAGUUGAGGUUCAAAAAAGUGCUAAUCCCCCUGUUUGUAAACUGAUGGACUACAAUCAGGAAAGAUACAAGCGACGAGUAAUGGAAAAGGAUCGUGCUAAAAGCAAGUCAGGAAAGGCAUUAAAGAAAGGAGAAUGCAAAGAGAUUCGAUUCACUGGGAAAAUAGAAGCAAAAGACAUUAAAAUGAAGGCAGAUAGUGUUAUAAGAUUAAUGGAACGUGGUUAUCGAGUGAAGUGUAUGGCCAUGGGCAAGGGUAAGGAGGACGAAGACGAGGACUUGGGAGGACUAUUGUCUCGUCUCACUGACUUGAUCCAAGAUGUAUCUGUUGUGGUAAGUGGGCCAAGGGUGGAGAGAAAACAGGCAUAUGUUAUAGUCAGGCAUGUCAAAUUUGGCCCAUUGAAGAAAGGUGGUGGAAAAACAUCAAAGGUUGUAGAGGAUACCAAGGCCGAACCUAAGCCCAUGGUGCCUGAAGAUGAUUCCAUUGAAUCCAUCUCAGAGUCUGAAAAUGAGAUACUUUCAGAUGAAGAUGACCUGCCUACAUCUUCACCAAUGCAAAUGCAGGGUAAAAAUUUUGAGGACAAGAAGACUGCUUGGUUGGUCUCUGAAUCUGGUGAUGAUUUUGACAAAUUAUUUAAUCUUAAUGGAGGCUUCUCAUCAAAUUCUACGAGUAAGGGAAUACAUGCUACUCAACAAACAGUUCCCUCCUCACGAAAUGAUUUUGCAUCGAAGUUUUUGCAUCCCAAGCCAGUAGCUAACUCCACUGAAUACUCUCAUCCAGAAGCAUCCCUCGGGACUGGGAAUCGAUGCAGAAAAAGUGAGCCAAGGAAUCAGUUUCCACCUGCUAGAUCAAUGGGUCAUAUGGGCCAGAAUACCAGAGACUCAGGUAGGUCAGAACCUCGGUUCUCGUAUCAACGACAGCAACCACCUCAAAACAUGAAUGCCUCAUCUUCAGUGGGAGAAACAGAGCAAGUUGGGAAUGACGCUUCUCUGUUUGGAAACUUGAGUCCUCAAACUAAUGACUUGCCCAAGCAACGACCGUCUCAUUCUGGUGUUCCAGGUACUCCAGGUCCUAGCUUUGGGAUAUUUAGCACUCCAAUAGCAGAUUCAUCUGGCAAGCAAGGUAUAGGAGCAGAGGUACAUGGGAGCAACGAGGGAAACAGGUAUGCAUCUCUAAGAAAUCGUGGCAUAGGAGGAAAUGGAGCUACUCAGAACUUUCCUGGCUCAAAGUUAAAUGGUAGCCAGAGGCGGAAUGGCGAUAUGGGUGGAAAAGAUAGAUUUGGAAUAGUCAGUAGCGAUAACUCGACUUCAAAUAGAAUGCCUAAGUCAAACUAGGCUUGUAGUAGAUGUUAUACAAUUCUUUGUUAUGGCCAGAAAUAGCUAACGGGAGAUGCAGUUUUGGUGAAAAAAAAUGUUAUUUAUUUUUUUGGAGUAAUUGAUCAUUAUGAUACAUUUCCUUACCUUUGUAUUUGGUUGAUAUCAUGGCCAAGUCAAACAAGAAAACGGAAGUGCUUAUAAUUUUACUGUCACUUGAUGUGGUGUAAUAAUAAGAGGAAACAAACACGUCCCACUUGGUUUGAGCAAAAAAAAA